AUGGUGUAUUAUCAUGUUUUUGUACCUUUAUUGUUGAGACUUUCAAAUGAUGUCGAGGUCAAUCCUGGCCCUGUCAAUAUUAAUGAAAUAGUUGAUCCUGCUUACACAGUUUGUGCCAACUAUAAUCAAGGUAAUCAAUCCUUAUUUGGAUUCAAUGCAGGUAAACAGUGUGGUGCAAUGUCAGUCUAUGCAAUUUUAUACAGUGAAAUAAAAUCUGUUAAUAUUUGGAAUACAUCAAUUCUGAACACCAUUCUAGAAAAUGGAAAUAAUCUAUAUAGUAUCAUUAGUCAACACAUUAAAAAGGAUUUCUUGUUGCUCAGUGAGGUACCAGAGAUGGCAUCAAUUAAUAACAAUACUUUCAAAUUGGAAUAUAGUGAGUCCUUUUCUGGGGCUUUAUUGUUGGAUGAAAACAUUUAUCCACAUGUUACACUUGAACAUUCGUUCAACCAAGUAUUUGAUAUUGGUAAUUACAGAGCUUGUUUACUAACUAUUGACGCCACUACUGUUGCGGUUUUUAUGCCGUUUCCAGAUGUAUUUAAAAUUUUUGAUUCUCAUUCACUGAAUAUGCAUGGCAUACCAUGUGAACUAGGUUAUAGCGCUUUGAUUUCUGUUGAAGGUGUACAAAAUCUUGUCAGCUAUUUCAGACUGUUCCGAAACCAUCACACCCAGAAUUUUGGUAGUCUGUUUGAAUUGAAAGGUGUUAAAUGUCAUAGAAACAAUGAUUUGUUAAGUAUUGAACCACAUAGACCAAAUCAGUCAGUUGACCACAAGGAAAAAUGGUCUUCAACAAAAAACGAGUGCGACACUAGAGCUCAACCGAAAAUGUUUAAAAAUAUACAAAAUGAGUCGCUUGAGGGUAAAGAAACACGGCCUAAAAGGCUUUUAAAACAAAGAGAAUACAAGAAAGCUAAACGGAAAAAAUUGACUGAAACAAAACGAGUCGGUUGA